AAUGUAAACUGAACAAUAAUUUUAAAAAUUGAAACAGAGAAUAUUAAAUUUUGAAAUUUAUAGUCUGCUUUAAUGUGGAUUGUUGUUUUCCGACAGUGAUAGUAACAUCUAAAUUAUCACGUUUUUUGUGAAUUGUCUAGACAGCUAAAAUCUCCCCAGUCUAUGAGGACCAUUCCUCUCUAAGCUACUAGUCCUGGACAGAAAACUCCAUACAACUAGCUAGCUAUCCCUCCAUAUUUCAUUCUUCACUAAUUUUUUAUGAUUUAAGCAAAAAACCAUGCACCCAUUUAUUCUUCCAGUUACCUUGGUUAUUCUGCUCUUCAUCUUCAUCAAGUUCAUAUACUCCACCAUCUGGAUCCCUUACAAAAUCCAACGCCACUUCUAUAAGCAAGGAAUCAAGGGACCUGGCUACCUUCCGAUAUAUGGAAAUUCAGUAGAAUUCAAGGGGGAAUUCGAUCAGAGUUACAGCAAAAAACCGAUGGGAUAUUUCAGCCACGACAUAGUCCAUCGGGUGGAUCCAUGCUACCACAAGUGGACUGCCAUGUACGGUAAGACUCUCCUGUUUUGGCAUGGUUCGACCCCUAAGCUGGUUCUGGCUCAACCCGAAAUGCUAAAGGAAGUUUAUCUUAACAAAUCGGGUCAUGUGGUCAAAGUCAAGUUUCCACCGCUGGCUGAGCAGCUCUUCGGAAAGGGUCUCAUUGACUUGCAUGGUGAGAAGUGGUCGGUUCAUCGGAAAAUUGCCAAUCCGGCGUUCGUCAUGGACCGAGUGAAGUCAUGGAUUCCUGAAGUGGUGGAUAGUGCUCAAAAGGUUCUAAAGAAAUGGGAAGAUGAGACAAGAGAAAGAUAUGAAAUUGAAGUGGAUGUGCUCAAAGAAUUCCAUUUCCUGUCUGCAGAGAUUCUAUCAAAAACAGCAUUCGGUAGUAACUUCGAAGAAGGAAAGCAUAUAUUUGAACUACAAGACCAACAGGCUGCGUUGACUUUGCAGGCUUUGAGAACAGUAUACAUCCCUGGUUUAAGGUUUUUGCCAACUCGAGACAACAGAAAGAGGUGGAAUGUUGAGAAGGAAACGCGACAGCUGAUAAGGAAGUUGAUUGAAAGGGACAGAAGAGAAGGAGGAAAUUCGAAAUGUCUCCUUAGUUUCUUACUAAAUGGAGGAUUGCCGGUGGACGAAGUCAUCGAUGAAUGCCAGACAUUCUAUUUUGCUGGAAAAGAAGCAGUUGCGAUAUUCUUGUCUUGGACACUUUUGCUUUUAGCAUUGCACCCAGAAUGGCAAACCAAGGCCCGAGAAGAAGUUUUUCGGGUUUGCAAGGACGACGAGAUUCCAAAUGGAGACAUUUUGAACGACUUGAAAAUUGUAAGGCCCGCCAUCCAAAUUAACUCAAAUCUUCUCAACUACUCCCUCUGGUCCUUAAUUAUUAUAAAAUAUUUUGAUUUAUCCUAAAUUUCAUAUGGUAUGUAUUUCUAAUCGAAAAUAAAAACCUUAAAAAUAUUUUAAAAACUGAAAGGAAUUCUGAGGCAAACCAAAAUAACUUACGAUAUUAAGAACUGGAGAGGGUGUGUUACAUUAAUGUUGUUGACAUAAAUCAUGUUUCUAUGUUUCAUCAAACAGGUCAAUUUGAUACUUAAUGAAUCGCUUCGGUUGUACCCUCCAGUUCCAGCUGUGGUAAGGGAAGCAUCUAAGGAUAUUAACGUCGGAAAUCUUGACGUUCCAGCUUGUACACAGUUCUAUUUGCCUAUUGCUGCUGUUCAUCAUGACACUGAAAUAUGGGGAGCUGAUGCAAAUGACUUCAAUCCGCAAAGAUUUGCCGAGCCUCGCAAGCAUUUGGCUUCUUUCUUCCCUUUCAGUUUGGGUUCUAGGAUAUGCAUCGGUCAUAAUUUCGCCAUAAUGGAGGGGAAAAUUAUCCUAGCUCUUAUCCUCAAACAAUUUACCUUUCAGUUAUCACCAACUUAUGUCCAUGCUCCAGUUACAUUUCUGACUGUCACACCUCAAUUUGGUGCCCAAAUCCUGUUUAAACGGAUUUGAAGUAUAAGGUCUGGUCUUUACUUGAUUGUUGUGUUCCUUGUAAAAUUUUCUAGAGAAAUAUUGACAUUUAAUGAUAUAAAAAGUCACGUACUACUAUUAUUGUGAAAGAUCUAAAAAUUAAUUUUUAUUUAUUGGAUAGGUGAAUGGGGAGAUUGAAAAGUAAUCUUGACUUUUAAUUAUUUUUUAUUUUUGGGAAUAAAAACUUCAUAUUCACUUUAUUACUAGAAUUCAUCCAAUAACAAUUUAUAGAAAAAGAAUGCAUCCAUUGAAAUAUUGUCUUUAAAAUUUAAUUCAAGACAGUUACCUACGUAUAUGCCUUUACAUUUUUUACG